GCUGUCUCUUGUUGAUGCUCUGCCCUUAGCUCCUGUUGAUUGCGCUGAUGGUUUGACAAUCUGUUUGACAAAAGAUUGGUUAUUUGUCAUGCAACAGCUGUCCCAUUUUAAUGUCUCGCUUCAAGUGGUUAUCCACCCUCAGUAAAUUGCCAUUAAUAAAAAUGAAGAAACAACCGCGUCUAGACUAUAGAAACAAAAUAAUUAUGGCACCAAUGGUACGCGUGGGCACAUUGCCAAUGCGACUGCUGGCCCUCGAAAUGGGUGCAGAUAUCGUUUACACCGAGGAGCUAGUCGAUCUAAAACUGAUCAAAAGUUUACGUCGACCGAAUCCCGCCUUGAAUACAAUUGAUUUCGUGGAUCCCUCUGACGGCACAAUUGUUUUUCGCACGUGUUCUUUGGAGAAAUCAAGAGUAGUUCUUCAGUUGGGUACGAGUGAUGCAGCCCGAGCGCUAGCCGUCGGCAAACUGGUACAGAAUGAUAUUGCUGGCCUCGACAUAAAUAUGGGCUGUCCCAAGGAGUUUUCCAUUAAGGGCGGCAUGGGAGCAGCGUUGCUCGCUGAUCCGGAAAAGGCGGCACAUAUAUUACAAACGCUUACCUCGCAAUUGGACAUACCGAUUACCUGUAAAAUAAGGAUACUGCCUGAUACCUUGGAGACCAUCAAGCUCGUACAAACGUUGGCGGCAACGGGCAUAGCCGCUAUUGGCAUUCAUGCGCGAACUCGGGAUGAAAGACCUCAGCAUCGCCCACAUCCCGAUGUUUUACAAGCUGUCGCUAGCGCCGUAGACAUUCCUGUUAUAGCCAAUGGGGGAUCUCGGGAUAUGCACACAUACGAGGAUCUGCACAAAUUUCAGGCCUUGUGUGGCGCUGAUAGCGUCAUGGUUGCCCGUGCUGCCCAGCUGAAUGUGUCAAUCUUUCGUAAACAAGGCAUUUUGCCAAUUGACGAUGUGAUUUGCAAAUACCUGCGAUUAUGUAUUGAUUACGAUAAUGCCCCGCACAAUUCAAAGUACUGUGUACAAAGCAUCCUGAAAGAAUUGCAAGAGACGCCACGGGGUAAGCGAUUUCUGCAAUGUCAGACGCUGCAACAGAUCUGCGACAUAUGGGAUCUAGGUGACUACUGUCGACGUAAGCAGCAGGAGCUUAAAGAGCACGGCAACGGUGGACGUGCUAAUGUAAUACUAACAGAAUGUCUAGCAAAGAGGCAACGACUAGAGCUGUCUGACAAUUUAACGGACGAAUAUGAAGGCGUCAUUUGCCGAAACAUGGCUUUUCUGCGUUCUACUUACACAAGCGACACUCAACUACCUAAGAUGGCACUCUACGUACUUGCGGGCAAACUGGGCAAGAAGCCGCCUAGCUAUGAGACGCAUCGUUGUGACAAGCUCUUCCGGUCCAUCUGCAGUUAUGACGGGCAGCGCUUUAGCAGCAGCUUCUGGGAAAAGAACAAAAAGCAGGCUGAGCAGGGCGCCGCAUUGGUGGCGUUACUGCAACUGGGACACCUCAAAGAGCAAACGCUCUUCGACAAUGGCAGUCUGAUCAGCUAGAAUCUGAUUAAACAUAGUUUCCCUUUUUCUAUAACUGUCUACGUGUUUUCCUUACACAUCGGGUAUUUUAGAAAACUUUUAACUUUUGGAAUUAAGCGUGUAGCAAUGGGGCUCAACUAGUGACUAACAACCAAAUCUAAUCUUUUAGUUUAAUCGUUUCUUUUUAUAUACAAAAUUUUAUGACAAUUUGUCAUUCAGGCUUAGCAAAUUUUACACCUGAAAAAAAUUGAAUUGAGACAAAUGGGAAAAAUGUUAAUACAAUGUUUAACUUGAAAUCUUUUCUUGCUAUGAGCACACACAUGGAUAUCAUGGAUAUCAUGGGUGGCGA